AUGUCCGCUGAAAUUGACAAGCUACGGCGCCUUCUUGCAAAAGAGCAAAGUCUUCGUGAAGAAGAGCAGCGCCUCCGGAGAGAGGAUAGGGAGAAUCUCGCAGAGGAACAACGUCUUCGAAGGGAGGACCAGGAGAAGACAUCUAAAACCAGCCUUCCCACAUUUCUCGACGGUCUCCAUCAUCAUCUCUUUCUUGGUCUUGAAGUUCAGCAGGAUAAGACUCAAUCCACGCGUGGAGAUCCCGCAAAUGCGACCAACAAACUUCGCCCCAGAAAACUUAAAGCCUGGGACUCCUUCGCGAAGAAACAACAGGAGAUUUAG